AUGGUUUUGUGUUCUGUAUGUCAACGACAAGUUUAUUCUGCUGAAAAACUUCAAUAUCAAGGCAAAGUAUAUCAUCAACUGUGCUUUAAAUGUACACAAUGCGAAAAAAAAUUGAAUCUGAGCAAUGUUCGGAGUUUUGAUAAAUUGCCUUAUUGUCAACAUCAUUCACCUAAUAUAAAUAGAAAAUUACCAAUCAAUCCAACAAAUGAUUCAGACAAAAUGAGAUCUAUCGAAUCAAAUAAGACAAUCGACGAUAGACCUCAAGUACCACCGUUAGAAAAUCUAAUUUCCGAAAACGAUUCUUCUCUAUCUUCACAUCCAGCAUUGACCAAUAGAAUGAGUACACUUGCUACCGGUUUUGACACAUUUCAAUCACAAAUUGAACUUGCUGGUCUAGUAUUUACAGUUGAUCCUGUUGUUCGACAAAAUAUUUUUAAUAUGUUCAAUGAAUUCAAUAUUAUUGUAUGUGGAUCUGCUCGCGUUGGCAAAUCGACAUUAAUCAAUGCUAUUUGUGGUCAAAAACUUGCUAAAACAAGUUCUGGACUUGAUUCAUGUACGAAAGAGAUUUCACGUUAUAUACUCCAUGAAAGAUGUCGUAUUGACAAUGAAUUAAUAACAUAUACGUACAACUUUUGGGAUACACCAGGUUUUGAGUCUUGGAAUGAAACGGAUAUUCGUACUAAUUUUAAUAAGAUUAUGCAGAAACCAAAAUCGGAUCCACUGUGUAUGAUUUACUGUGCUUCACCAGGCUCAUUUGCCGAUACAAAACAAUUAAAAUGGUUGUUAAAUGUAUGUAUACUAGAACAUAAAGUACUCUGUGCACUUGUUGUGACAAAUAAAUGGGCUGGACAAAAAUCUCAGCGUAUAGCUAUUUUGGAUAAAUAUAAAGAAUUAUUGUCUACCUAUCAUCAACAAACGAGUGAAGAAGACGGAAUUGUUUACUUUGGUAAUAUGGCUCUAUGUACUAUGGUUAAUGCACAACCAUUUAUUGAUGAAGAUCAAAAUAUUAAUUAUGAACAAGAAGGUAUUGACGAACUUAUUGAAGGCAUUAUGACAUGUUUGGAUAGUGAUGCUAAAAUUGUUCAUUGGUGUAUGGCUGUUAUGCAAAAAAAAGGAUUACUAAAUAAUUUCAAAGGAAAAAUUAAACAACGAUUUUCUAAUAUUAAAGACUUUUUCGUUAGAAAAUUCACAAAAACAAAAUCCUAG